AAAGUGUUAUCAGGAAUGCGCUUCCAGUGUGGUAACAUUCAGUUUUUUGCAAUAGAUGCCGUCUGCCGUCUUGUAAAUUUUGAUUUGCUUCCCGCCGGCUCUUGACGGUUUGCAUUUGGCACGUGCAGUUUUCUUUAUAUUUCCAUAAAAUACAACUUCGCACAUACUACAAAGUUCAACACUGAUGCUGGCAGUUGGGAUUUACUAUUUCAAUUGUUAGCAGUGUACAAUGUCGCCUUCCCCGAUCCGCUGUCGCGGGCCGUGGAAGAUACACAAGCGUUCCUCGGAGCCGGACAGGUGGUUGGAUGAGAUGGGAUUUUUCCGUAAACAUACAGCUAGGGACUCUAGCUGCCUAUUCCGGGCGGUCUCUGAGAACAUUUAUAACACUCAGCGAUACUUUCAUAAAGUCCGGCUGGAUUGCGUUCAGUUCAUGGCUUCCAAACGGCAUCUCUUCGAAGGGUCAUUGACUUGUCCGUUUGAAAAUUAUCUCAAAGAGAUGUCAAACCCAUCAGAGUGGGGCGGUUUAAUUGAAAUAUCGGCCAUGAGCCAUCUAUAUAGACGUGACUUUGUAAUAUUUGAAGCUAACAAGGGCCCUCAGACAAAGAUAUGCAAUGGUUAUGGAGACCCCAUAUACUUGUUUUACUCACCAGACACUAAACAUUUUGAUGUGGUUUAUACAAAAGAUUUCAUAAACACCUCAUCCUACUGCCAGUCUCUAGUAUACGAAAUACUGUACGACGGUGUCUAUCAGCUAAAAGACUUAUCUUACGCCGUCGACAAAAUGCUCCACGACAAAGUACCCUCCAACCACAUCGAAUACUUUAUGUCGGAGAAUGUUGAACGUCGCAAAAAGCAGAAAGAAAGAGCUAAAAUAUUCAUAGAAGCUGCUGAUGAUGACAAGGACAGGAGCAGCAACGCGUUGGCGCUUAAAUGUAAGCACCACACUGAAGAUCUAGAAAGGGCUAGCCUGUUGAAGGAGUCUCUGAGUAUCUUCGUAUUCAACCGCAGCCUAAUACAGCUUGAGAAUGUAUGCAUGAACUGCUUGAACGUAAACAGCGCGAAAGACUUACUUGAUAAUGGAAUCACUCCGUUUCCUUACAAAGUUGCGAAAGCUUUAGACCCUGAUAUCUACAGGAACAUAGAGUUUGACGUGUGGAGCGAGCUCAGACGAGAAAUGCGUUAUGGCGCGAGAUAUUCUGAUGGAACGACCCUCCAAGUGGGCGUGAAAUGUUUGUGCAAACUGCAACCCGAGCAGACUGUUCCGUAUCACUGCCAUAUCCAAGAAAUGCGACCUGACGGCGGACCCUGUCUCGUGUUUAUAGAGGAGCUUGGCGAGAAGCGAGUUGUCAAUUUCGAACAGCUGGAGCCACUGCCCCUCGAGGAAAUAAGACCUUGGGCCCCUCCCUACAGAUACUCGCGAGCUCAUUCUCAGUUCCUUACUCUGAGCCAAAUGUUACAACAAAUAGGCAACAUCACUCUGAAACAAGGUCUGAGCAAGGCCCGGAACAAGUCUAAGGUGGCUCCGGACGAGAAGGCUCCCGAGAAAGUGAGCAAGCCGAGCAAAGUGUCGUGGAACGAGGAGACAGGGCUAGCUCUCCAAAACAACGUCGACUUUACAUACCAGCACCUGGACUUCCUUAACUUUGAGCCAAUGCCUGUUGAAGUUGAAGCUCUCCCCCUAAUGGUGGACUGCAGGACGGGCGCGGGAGCUCCGCCCCUAGAACUCUCACAUCCUCAACCAAAUGGCGGCGGGCCAAAUGAGAAUCAUCAUAACCAGGCGGGAGGUAGCGGGGACAUGGUGGCGCAUGGGAUCGCUUCCCCGGCGUCAGUGCGGUCUUCCACACCGGCCUCCACAAACACGCUGACCACGUACACCAACGUGAUGAAUCCUGGAGGUGGAGGAGUCGGAGGUAAUGGCUACCCGGUGGCAGGCGUGGGCGCCAUGCCGGGCGCGGGCGGGGCGUGCGCGCCGUACGUGUGCGGCGUGAAGAGCGUGGUGUGGUGCGGGGGCGCGGGCGGGGGCGCGGCGCUGGGCGCGGGGCUGCCGCACGCGCCGCCGCACGUGCCGCCGCCGCCGCCGCCCGGCGUCAACGCGCACGUGUUCAAGAGCAUGCAGCCCAACGGCUCCGACCUGCCCAUGAACGACAUCCCCACGCUGCGCUUCUACUUCAACCUGGGCGUGGAGUGCGUGUGGGCCACGUACGGGCCGCCGCGCCACUACAGCCCGCGCGAGCUGGCGCACGACCUGGCGCACGUGUCGCUGGCCGAGCGCCCGCCGCACGCGCCCGACCACGCGCACAAGCACAAGCCCGCGCCCGCCAACGACAAGCCGCCGCUCAACAACCAGCCCAAGGGCAACGGCCAGCGACCUCUGCUCGGGCCCAGAUUCAAGCGCGGAGGCGGUAACCAGGACGGCAAUCAAAAUUCCAACCACAACCAGAAUAAGCACAACAAUAAUAUGGGCAAUAAGGGCCCUAACAACCGUCGUAACUCUCACAGCGAGCAGCGUGGUCCUCAUGUCGGCUACAGCGGCGCUGGCGAGGGAGAGUGCGUGAUGGAACAGCCCAUGAUCACUCUGCCUUACAUCCCAUACCCACCGCCCAUGUACCCCAUACAAUACUACCCUGUCGAGACUGAUCCCGCUAUGAUGGGCAUGAUGGGCGGUAUGGGGUACGUGGGCUACGAGGAAGGAGUGUACGAGGGAGGGAUGCAGGCCUACUACCCCCCCGCGCCGCACUACCCGCCCCCGCACCCACACCCACACCCACACCACGUAGAGCACAAGUAAACCUACUACACGUACCGAUCAACACACACACGCACACAUUUAAAAGCUUGAGUACAUAAAUCCCUCAAUACAAAAGUACAUAGAUGUUAUGACGAAAACAAUAUAAUGCUUGCAAAAUGUAAUACGUGAAACUAUACAAAUGAAUAUCAUAUAUUCAUCAUCAUCAUCAUCAUCAACUGCUGAACAAAGGACUGCCCAUUGCAGUCUUAGUACUGUCCAACUCUCGGAGGUUGGUCACAAUUUCGUAAUGUACUUGGAGUAGCUGCAUAUUUUAUAUUAAUCUACAUAACACAUUUUGCACUUUACAAAAUGUCCAAAUCUACAUAACAUGUUGUUUGAUUUACCACAGGCCGUCCCAGCGUCUACAUGCUCCAUAAUUCAUCGUCAUUCAACAAUCACCACACACAUUAGGUAAUUGCAUCCCCGUUUUCUAGCGUACUUCUUGGUUCCGAGCACAGCUACCCAUUUUGUGUACUCAAGCUCUAAUAAAUGAAUAAUUUGGACAAUCAAAAGUAACACUUUGACCAGAGUUCUUUUAUUUCCUUGUCAUUUUGCACAUACUAAAAUUAUUCAAAGAAAAGUACUUUUAGUAACAAUAAAAUAAUCUAUCAAAAUUUCAUUCAUAUACUCGAAUAAUCAACAAGUAUCAAUAUAAACGGUUUACCGAAUUGUGUGUCUUCAUUGCUAAAAAUAUUAUGUCAAACUCAGUCGAUUAUGCGACUAAUUUGAGUUGAAUCGGUACAUACAUCAACAUAAAUAAACUAACAAGGCUAUUAAUAACAAAACAAUGGACGUGGUUGAGAUAUGUGUUGUCUGUCAACGCCGGCGUUCAGGAAGUAAUUCAGUCUACCACAUUCCAAGUAAUUAAUUAACCAAGUAAUCAUUCACGUAACAAGAUCAUUAGAUAUCUCCAUCGCACUAGAUUGUGGCAAAACUAAUUACAUAAUUUAAAUACUACUCAAGUUGUAUUCUAAAAUAGGAUUCAAUUCCAUUUUACUUUAAAAUUUGAGUAUCUAUUUAUAAUAACCGAUAUUAUCACUGAAUAUAAUAUAUGUUAACAUACACAUAUUACAUUUGUGAAGCUAAUUUUUUAUGUGUAAUUGUAAUAUACACAAUAACAAACUGGAUAUGCACUGAAUUGAUUAUUAACUCAGACUUAUGAACAAAUACGUAGUUCCUAGUACCCAUGUAUUUACUGUUGAUGUAUCAGUGUGUGUUCAGAUAAACAUGUAAACUAUCGGCUGACGUGAAUAAAUGAUGUAAUACAAAGUUGCCAAAUGUUUACCAUCGAUUUAUAUAAGUUCAUUACACUCAGCCGAUUACAACUUGUUCACUAGUGGCUUGAUAGCAACAUGAGCUACUAAUUAGUGCCUGAAUUCAGUAUACGAAUUUUUAUCGUGAAAAAUAUUCAGUAAAACGUGUCAAUGUUGCAUUAUUACAUUGUGCCACGCUGUGUGUGGGAUACAUUUGCAACUCGCGUUAAUUAUAUAGACGAAUAUUUGGAAAAAGUCAAUUAAACAUGUUAUACAUCAAAGACCCGUUCGAAGUAACAGCCUAACAUUAUGUUUCAUACUACUAACAUUAGUUGCAGAUACCUGGCACAGAUUGGCACGAUCAUUUGUUAUUUAUUACGAUGUGGGAAUAAACAUUCGAUAACUGUUUUUGAAAAGUAGUAAAAUUGUAUUAUGUACUUAACAUAAGGAGGGAAGGUCGCACAGCCUUUGUUUCUGUACCGUUUCAAAUUCCCGAUUGUGAACUUCCAUUACUGUGAUCUAUUUGACUGAAACCUUCUCCAUUUGUAUAUGGCAAUUAAAUUAGUUUACUAUAUAAUUACUAUAUAGGAACCGUUUUUGAAAUUGUUAAUCCACAAGUGUUCAUUGGUGCUGCAAAAUUGAUUAGAACAGGGUAAGCGUGAUAUUUUUGUAUGUUACAGCAUUAUACAUACAUACAAAUGUUACGUAGUUGUUAGGCGCUGUAUAUCAUUCCUUGUAAUGUAAGGUGAAACUGUACAUUUUAAGACAAUUUAUUGUAGUUUUUAUGUCGCAAAUUUAAGUUUCCUGUUUCUUAAGUAUUUUUUUUAUCGCUUAUCACACACUUGUACUCCAAGUUACACCUUAGCCGCAGGUUCGACUAUACAGCCUGGGCUAGUUUCCAUGGGCCCUGUACCCAAGACGCAAUAUUAGUCGAGUCUUGUGUAGUGAUAAGUUUAUUUUUGGCUUAAUUUUAGUUUAGUUAGAAUAAGUCAAGACGGUUUCACACGCCUCUGUUUAGGUUCGCACUAAGAGUAGAUUUACUUUUAAAUAUUCUCAGAUCUCAAGCUCAAUAUAAACGCAGACCUUUUGAAUCUCCAAUUUAACAUUCAGCACUUUAAAAUAAAUGUGAAUUCAAUAACGUGAACACAUCAAGUAUCCUACUUUGAUCUCAUUUAAAAAUAACAUUCGUAAGAAAACUGGUGCUUGGGUUUGUUAGUUGUUUACUUGUAUUUAAGUAACUUGUUCAAAUUUAUUAACAUUUAAUGUAAGCGGGACCAUUAGUAACCUUGUGAAUAAGAAAAGUAUAUUAGUAUUAUUAUAGAUAUUUUCGCUACAUCGCCUAGUCUCUGCAUUUACUACGUUAGUCGGUGCACGCUGCAUUUGUGUCCAGAGGCUGGAGAGAUAGAGCCGAGGGAAAUUGUGAUCUCCUUUUUGGGAGAUCAACGUUCAGUAACAUAUAUGCGCGCCAUAUUUAAUUUAACAGUUCCUUUUAUUGCUAUUAUCUUGUUUACGCGUGGCGGUUUGAAACCGCCUGUAAAUGUCUGCAGACAAUGACAAAAUUGACUCGUGUUUUGGAUUGUUUAUAUAAGUAUUUGGCUGUGAUUCUCAAGUAAUCUCAGUAACGAUUGGUAUUAUGUUGUUGGCUGACAUUUGUUAUACGAAAAACAGAUCGCUUUAUAUCUAUUACUAAUUACAUACCAGACAGUCGAGUUUGUCUGUAUGUACAAAUAUUAUUCCUUAUAAUAUUUGAUUGUCUAUUUAUUGAUCACUAAGGAUGUACCUUAAUUCCGCCCAUGAUUAUUAUACUUCACAUUUACACUCCAAACAUAAUUAUAUAUGAUUAUUUACUAUAUAUUACGCAUAGAUUUAUAUAUUUGCGUAUGGUAGCGAAAUCUUGAAUGUUUUACAGAGUUGUUAAAGAAAAUAUUAAAAACAAAAAACAAGUGUUCUUACGACAGGUUACGUGUCAUGUUCAUGUUAAUUAUAAUUUUCGGUUUUCAGUAUUAGUUUAAAUCACUAGGGGUUAGAAUUUUAUGUUAGUCGUUAAUUAAUGUUUACGUAACUAUAGUCUAGUGUUACUUUAUUUAAGUAUACCGUCAGUUACUUUGUAAUCUCGUCAGUUAGGGCGUAAAAUAUAUAUUUUUUGUUCUCAAUGUAGUUGUAUAAGUUUGUGUGCCAAGUUUAAACUUUGAUGUAUGAUAUAAACGAGCAGUGUCACCCAUGAGUAGCAUCUUGACGAUCAACAUCACUGCCGUAGAACAAAAUUCUCGUUGUCAUAUCAGUGUUAAAGAUACAUUAGUAAAUACAAUAAUUGUGUUGUGAAUAGUACUAUUAUAGGUACAUGUAUGUCUUACUAUAUGGUUGUACAGUGCUCAAAGUUAGGGUAAUGUCCGCCUUUGAGAUGUUAUUUGUAAUUCUUUUUCAAAAUUCCAUCAAUAAAUGUAAACUGAUUUUU